AUGGACGAUGACAAAUCUCUUCAGCCUGAGACAGAAGAUGAGACUCCAACCGAGCCAGCACCACAGAGCAGCGAUGAAGCGCUCUACUGUGAGGCUGAAGUCCCGCAGACUGUCAGAAAAGUGAAACCAGACCGGGAGAAUUCAGAAACAGACCUGGAAAUUGAAGAUAAUGAGAAGCUUUUCACCACUGGACAAAAGGAGCUGUACCUGGAGGCCUGCAAACUGGUGGGUGUAGUGCCCGUCUCAUACUUCAUCCGGAACAUGGAGGAGUCCUACGUGAACCUCAACCACCACGGCCUGGGCCCCAGGGGUACCAAGGCGAUUGCUAUAGCCCUGGUGUCCAACACGACUGUUACCAAACUGGAGCUGGAAGAUAACGGCAUCACGGAGGAGGGCAUCUUGAGCCUGGUGGAGAUGCUACAAGAGAACUACUACCUCCAGGAGAUGAAUAUUUCCAACAAUCAGCUUGGUUUGGAGGGGGCCAGAAUCAUCUCAGAUUUCCUUGAGACAAAUACUUCUUCCGUCUGGAGCCUUGAGCUUUCAGGAAAUGACUUCGAAGAAGAAUCUGCAGCACUGCUCUGCCAAGUCCUGUCGAGCAAUUACCGAAUUAAGAAGCUGGAUCUCAGCCACAAUCAAUUCUCUGAUGUAGGAGGGGAGCACCUGGGACAGAUGCUGGCCAACAAUGUGGGGCUCACGUCACUGGAUCUGAGCUGGAAUCACUUUCACACACGAGGAACUGUAGCCUUGUGCAAUGGUCUCCGGGGUAAUGUGACCCUGACAAAACUGGACCUCUCCAUGAAUGGCCUCGGGAAUGAGGGGGCCCUGGCCCUAGGGGAGGUCCUCCGACUCAACAGCUGCCUGGUCUACCUGGAUGUCAGCAGCAAUGACAUCAGCAACGAAGGGGCCUCCAAAAUCAGCAAAGGACUGGAGUCCAAUGAAAGCCUCAAAGUUCUGAAGCUUUUCCUGAAUCCCAUAAGUGUGGAUGGGGCUCUUUCACUUAUCCUGUCUAUCAAGAGGAACCCCAAAUCCAGGAUGGAAGUGCUUGAUAUUUCUAACGUGCUGGUGUCGGAGCAGUUCAUGAAAACGUUGGACGGAGUGUACGCUGUUCACCCGCAGCUGGACGUGGUGUUCAAGGGAGUACAAGGCCCCUCUGCCAAGAACACCAUCUCCUUGUUGACAAACCCCAUGAAACUGAUCCAGAGCUAUGCAGACCAGCACAAAAUCACGGUGGAGGACUUCUUCAAGAGCCUGAACCCUACUGGGACGAUGAAGAUGUCAGUAGGCGACUUCCAGAAAGUGAUGAUAGAGGUGCGCUGGGUCCUAUGGCCUCAGGCUGCAUGUGAGCGUAGGAAUGCCAGCUUGGAAUCUGCUUUUCGAAAGGCCCAGCAGCCCAACCCCUGGGCCGACCACUCCAAGCCUCCGUGUCAUUGUGACCACCUUCCACCCUUGUGA